CGUGACUCCCGGAAGUAGAACGCCCACAGCAGAGCGGCUCGGCAGCUUCCGUGGCAGCCUUUGUUUGGAAGUUCCAGGCAAUCUUCUGAGAUGGCGAACGCAGCCGCGCCUACAGCGGCGGUCCCCACCCUAGCUCCGCCUUUGGAGCAGAUCCGGCACUUGGCAGAGGAGCUGCGGUUGCUGAUACCUGGAGUGCGGGUCGGCGAAGCCCUGGAGACCACCAAGGAGUUUCAUCCUGAGACGUUUUGGAGGAGACUCAAUGAGGCAGCCGUGAACGUGUCAAGGGAAGCUACCACUCUGACCGAAGUCUUCUCUCAUCUUCCACUGCCCUCUCCACAGGAAACACAGAGGUUCUGUGAACAAGUCCGUGCUGCCAUCAAGGCAAUGAUUGCAGUAUAUUAUUCACUUCCCAAGAAUCAGGGAAUCACUCUGAGAAAGCUGGUACGAAGCACCACUCUGGACAUCGUAGAUGGCAUGGCUCAACUUAUGGAUGUGCUUGUCAUGACUCCAACUCAGAGCUCAGAGAACAAUGACCUUAUUUCCUACAACAGUGUCUGGACUGCAUGCCAGCAGGUUCCUCAGAUUCCAAGAGAUAACAAAGCUGCAGCCCUUUCAAUGCUGACGAAGAAUGUGGAUUUUGUGAAGGAUGCGCAUGAGGAAAUGGAGCAGGCCGUGGAAGAAUGUGACCCGUACUGUGGCCUCCUGAAUGACACUGAGGACAACUCUGAUAACCACGGUGAUGAAGAGGAUGAUGGGUUGGGGUAUCCAAACAAUCGGGACUUAUAUUGGUCAGAGGAGGAUCAAGAGCUCAUAAUCCCAUGCCUUGCACUGGUGAGAGCAUCAAAAGCCUGCCUGAAGAAAAUCCGGAUCUCAGUGGCAGAGAAUGGGAAGAAGGAUCAGGUGGCCCAACUGGACGACAUUGUGGAUAUCUCUGAUGAGAUCAGCCCUAGUGUGGAUGAUUUGGCUCUGAGUAUAUACCCACCUAUGUGCCACUUGACUGUGCGAAUCAAUUCUGCAAAACUUGUAUCUGUCUUAAAGAAGGCACUUGAAAUUACUAAAGCGAGUCAUGUGACCCCACAGCCAGAAGAUAGUUGGAUCCCUUUACUCAUUAAUGCCAUUGAUCAUUGCAUGAACAGAAUCAAGGAACUCACUCAGAAUGAACUUGAACUGUCUAACGGUCUGAUUCUGAUCAGAACUGUACUUAGAACAAAAACGCUUGGCUUUACUUCUUUAGAGAAGAUGACUUCAAAGCCCCUUUUCCCUUUUGCAGAGAAAAUGAAGCCAUCCUUCAUCCUUGAGGAAUCUUCUCAAGCUCGUGUUCCCAUUCCCAACCCUGUAGACAUAGACCUCUACCCCUGCUGCCACCCAGAAGAUGAAGUGUCCGCCCUCCCCAAGUUGAACCUCCACUUUUGAGGUGCUGAGAAACCCUGCCCAAUACCUUCAGGAUACUUGUAGUUCUGAGUGAUGUCCUCACAGCGGUCACUGCCCACACUCUUGGUGCUGAUGUUGUUGCCAACAUACUUAGUGUUGGAGUUGGUUAGCUCCAGUGUGUCAUCCUCACAACACUUCCAGACCACACACGAGGCAUUUACUGAAGCAAAGAGGUCUGAUACUGCAGGCGUCAGUCCUAGUAUCCCCUCCUUGACUGCUCUGACAGGAACCAGAUCACAGGACUCGAGGACUGAGGGAGGAAAAGGCCAGUGAGCAAGAAGAACCAUACCUAGACCUCUCCUGAGCCAGAGCUGCAUAACCUUAGUCCCCAUCCUAUGUCCUAUUUUCCCUUCCCCGAAAUCAAGGUCAGAGGUAGGCACUAGGCAGAGUUUAUGAAAGGGCAUUGCAGAGGUGAAAUUCACAACUAUGUAGUGACAAUCCUUUUUGUCUGUGGCAGGAGCCCUCUCAGAAACUGGACAGGUAGAACCUCAGAGGACCAUAGUACACAGGAGUUGCUUAGCCAGCUCGACUAUGGCUAUAGUUAGGAAUAGUUCACUUUUAUUGAGCACUUAUUAUGUGCCAGGCUCUAUUACUAUUCUGCUGCUGAGCAAGGAAGAGUGAUCCUUUUAUGGCUCUUGAAGAUUUCUUCUCUGAGCUUGAGCCUAUCCUGAUACCCUCUUUACCCAUAUCCAGAACCUCAGAAAUCUCACCUACAAGCCCCUAACCCAGCACAUCUACCAGUUAUCUUAAGACCCUCUACCCUUCAUUGGGAUUCUCCUUCCUUGCCAGUUGUUCUGAGGUAGGGCUAGUCUCCCCACAGCCUCGGGCCUAAAUAGCUAACACCUUUGUUCCUUUCAGCCUACUGGCUUCAGGUCAGCAUUCUGCUGGCCACUAUCAUUCCUUCCUAAAACUCAUCCAGUUUUAGGGGAUGCAGACCCUCUUGGGACCUCCUACUGCUCAUAUUUCCUCUCCCACGGACUCCUUCAGCUUGUGCAGCCUAGGAUGGUACAGGGGCCUACCCCCAGGCUUUACCUCCACCUCCACUGUGAGCAUUUGGGUGCAGAAUCUGCCAUCCAUCAUAACCUUGGGGCAAAGCAGGCCGGGUCAUCCAGCACUCUGUGGAAGUCUGGAAGAUCCUGAAGGCAUCAAAGUGAAUAAUUCAAGUGGGGACAAAAGUAGUUCUGAAAAGCUGAAGACGUUCUAGAAAUCACAGAGUCAUUAUUGUCAUAGGACACUGUAAAAGUGGCUGCCAUGCUCCCAGGAAGGGGGGAUGGUGCAUGGCACCACUGACCAUUCAUGUCCCACGUAUAAGAGUCUUGAGGGCCUCCUCUCAAUGCGAGGGUCACUCAGGGUGUGGGGGGCUUAUACCAUGUGGGUUUGGAGCCCUUCCAUGUCUGAGACUUCAUCCUCUUUGGGCUUCUCACCAGAUUCUGCCUCUUUGGCCUUCUCCAUUCUGAAGGCCCUCCUCAUUGUAGUACUCAUCUACGAACAAGCGUCCGCCAGUUCCCUGGGCUGAGGCGAAUGUGGUAACGACGCGAGCAGGGAUUCCCAGGCACCGCAGCACUGCGUGGAAGGGGCCAGAGAGUCAGGGGGAGCCAGAGAGGCCUGGGUAUGUAUAUAGCUAGUGUUUUCAGUGUCUCUUCUGGGCAGGCACUGUCUUAAAUGCCACCUGACAUCGUGGAAAGAGGAGGGACACAGGCACCAGGAAGUUAGCACUGACACAGCACAGGAUGCAUAAAGGCUGAGAAAUGAGGUGCAAAAAAUUUACACAGCAGGCGGAGUGUACAGCCAGGGCAAGCUUACAGAAUAUUCACCAGAGCACCGGGGCUUGCUCUACUGGGGCAAAGGGACGGAAAGUUUCAGGGAGAAAGCCGCAGGACAACCCAAGAGGCAGGGCAGACGCUCCAUACAGUAGCCAAGGAGGGUGUGGCAGGCAAGCUGGCUCUGUACCUGUGCAAGCAACUGCGGCGAACACCCAGGCCUGGCCGUCGUACACAGGUCGCCCUUGGCCUGUGAGCCACUGCCGCAGGAUGGGCACACUGCCCCGGCGCUUGUUCAGCAAGGCCGCUUCCUGGAUGGUGUGGGUCUGUGGGGUGGGCAAGACCCUCUCCUCCAUGAAAGCACGCAGCUGUUUGUGGAAAUGUGUGGAUGAUACAUGGGGCCCAAGACAGAAUAGCCUCCAGGGGGUGAAUAAAGAGGGCUUAGACCACCUACAUGAGAAUCACUUGGAUAUUCGUGGGCUUCACCCUACCCACUGGGUUGUAAUCUCUAGGGGUGGGGCCCGGAGAAUUCUCCUCUUUGUCAAGUCCUCUGGAAGCCAGGGACUUGUAGACCACAUGGCAAACAAGCCUCACAUCACAAGAAGAGCAAGAGCGCUGCCUCUCCCUGGGGGCUCUUUUCACUGCUCCUUCACUUGCCCUGGCCCUGGUUCCUUUGAGGGUGUUUGCACCUGGGGCGUCAAGGCCCACUUAUCCCAAGCUUCCACCUCCACCUCCUCACGACUUGACCUCAUCCCUCUCCACCUCUUCAGAGGGAAGUCCAGAGGCACAAGAGGAAAUGGGAAACUCAUUACUCCUCUGAAAGGACAUUUAGGAACAGCGGGAAGCACCAAAGUACCUGGGAGGAAGGGACCAUUUGUGAUUUGAAGAUUUCCAGGGCUAUAAAGAUGGGCAGCUCUGGCAGAGAGCUCCCGUCUCAUCUCCCCACGCUGGCCUCCUCUCCCUCCCACCUCACUCACCGAGGCGCCCAAAAUGUGGGCCACAUGCACAGGGUUGCCCCACUCCUCCACCUGCUUGUCCAUGCUCAGUAAGUGCAGACUGAGGUCGAUGACAUCCACCUCAAACUGU